CCAAUUCAAGAUGCAAUUAUUGAAACGAGGCUUGGAACGCAAAGAGCAUAUCGGAAGCAGGAAGUGUUUUUCGCAGGCAUGGCUGAUAUACCAGAUAAUGCACCCCAGCAUUGCCCAGGUACAGACAGUACUGAGGCUGGCAAGAGUUCUGCGUGCCAGGGAUGCCCCAAUCAAUCAAUAUGCGCAUCAGGAGCUGCGGCAGGACCAGACCCAGCUAUAGAAGAAAUAAAAGAAAAAAUGUCAUUGGUUAAACACAAGAUAUUGGUUCUCUCUGGAAAGGGUGGUGUGGGCAAGAGUACAUUCAGUGCCCACCUGGCACAUGGUUUAGCCCAAGAUGAGGGCAAAGAGGUGGCUCUGCUUGAUGUGGACAUCUGUGGACCAUCGAUUCCAAAAAUGAUGGGCUUGGAAGGAGAACAGGUUCACCAGAGUGGAUCAGGAUGGUCACCAGUGUAUGUAGAAGAUAACCUGGCUGUAAUGUCUGUUGGAUUCUUGCUUAGCAGUCCCGAUGAUGCGGUCAUAUGGAGAGGGCCUAAAAAAAAUGGGAUGAUCAAACAGUUUUUGCGAGAUGUGGACUGGGGUGAUGUGGAUUAUCUGAUAGUAGAUACCCCUCCUGGUACAUCAGACGAGCAUCUUUCUGUAGUACAGUAUCUCAGUGCAGCAGGAAUCGAUGGAGCAGUAAUCAUUACAACUCCGCAAGAGGUCUCACUUCAGGAUGUCCGAAAAGAAAUCAACUUCUGCCGCAAAGUAAAACUUCCCAUUAUAGGUGUAGUGGAAAAUAUGAGUGGGUUUAUUUGUCCUAAAUGUAAGAAUGAAUCACAGAUAUUUCCUCCAACUACUGGGGGAGCAGAGAAGAUGUGCACUGAUCUCAGUGUUUCUCUACUGGGCAAAGUUCCCUUAGAUCCAAAUAUAGGAAAGAGCUGUGACACAGGGAAAUCAUUUUUUACUGAAAUUCCAGAUUCCCCAGCAACAUUAUCCUACAGAAAAAUAAUCCAGAGAAUUCAAGACUAUUGUGAAAAAAAGAAGUGACUUCCUUUUCCCAAUGGUACAGAGAAGUUCUGCUAAGCAGUUUUGCAUUAUGCCACAGAUUACGGAUUUUUUGCAUUUCACUGUUACCUUAAGAGAAAAAUCAGCGUUAAAAAAUAAUUUCAAUGUGGAAAUAAUGCACUAGGCCAUGUAUCACUUAAGUGGUAUCCUAGCCAGUAAAUCAAAGUAUUUGUUACCAGCUGUUUACCUUCUCUUUCAUUUUGCUGGCCAGAGCAUGAACGGGAAUGUUGUUACAGCCAUGGGGUUGCAGGGCACAAGCAGCAUCGUUUAGAAACAAAAUAAUAUGUAUUUAGAACCUCUAAUUUAAUAAUAAUAGUAAUAAUAUUUUCUUUAUAAAAAUAACUCUAAACAUAUCUGUUUUAUAGCACUAUUUAGGAGAAUGAUUUUUGUUUCGGAUAUACCAUAUAAACUUUAAAAAUGUAAUUGCUGUAGGAUAUGAUUUUGAAAUGCACAACUGCUAGAAUAAACCUUUAUGUUGCUUGCUGCCAGUCUUGCUUUAGAAAUUACUAUUAUAUUAGUAGAUAUUUGGGACGUUACAUUCGUUUUGCAUUGCAAUAAAGCUCAUAUUAAAGGACAA